AUGACCAUAAUGAAACCGGGCCCUGAAGAUGCAAACACUGGCCCCUGGUUCAGCUCCUGGCAUGGGCGCAUGGCCGAGCCUUGGGACAGGGAUGCUGUGCCCCAGCUGGACCUGGGCAAGAAGAUGAGCACGCCGCAGGACCUGAUGAUUGAGGAGCUCUCCCUGCGGAACAACCGCGGCUCCCAGCUCUUCCAGCAGCGCCAGAGGCGGAUGCAGCGCUUUGUCUUUGAGCAUCCCAGUGGAUUCCGGCAGCUCCCUGGGGCGGGUGGCUCACACCACACCAAGAGAGGUGGUCCAGAGGGAAUGGCAAAUGAGUGGACGGCAGGGGAGGGUGCCGGGGGCCAGCAGAGCUACCACUCCGAGCUCCACGUGGCAGCAUCGCCCCAGGGUGGGCCCCCUGAAGUGCCCAAGAAGACCGAGAAAGUCUUGCAGAUGAGCAAAAUCCUCAACCCUGAUGCUCUGGCUCCUGGGUACUCGAGCCCCCUCAAAGAAAUCCCCCCGGAGAAGUUCAACGUCACCGCCAUCCCCAAGGGCUACCGCUCCCCAUGGCAGGAGCACCUUGGUGACAAGGACAAUGCUGUGCAUGUCAAGAACAAGCUGCCCAUGAGACCCUUUCCAUGGGAUUUCAGGAGCUUCAACAGGACUCCCACCCCAUUUGACAGAGCACUGGUCAGCGACCUGUACCCUGCGCCUGCCCUGGAGCUGGACCACCUGAGUGUUCUGGAGGUGAUUUCCCACAGACGUGACUUCAACAGAGUGCCACAGGGGUGGGCACGGGUCCUACCAGAGAGCGAUGAGCUGUAG